CUCCUCUCAAUUUCAAGUCUAAGAUUCGCGAAAACGCUCCCCAAAAAGGAGAGGCCGCUCUCAAUCCUCUUCCUCUCUGAGCGAAUCGAGAGAGAAGAGAAGAGAAAAGAUGCAGAUCUUUGUGAAAACCCUAACUGGAAAGACGAUCACGCUCGAGGUCGAGAGCAGCGACACCAUCGACAAUGUCAAAGCCAAGAUCCAGGAUAAGGAGGGGAUACCUCCUGAUCAGCAGAGGUUGAUUUUUGCUGGAAAACAACUGGAAGAUGGUCGCACCCUUGCUGAUUACAACAUUCAGAAGGAGUCAACACUUCAUCUUGUUCUCAGGCUGAGGGGUGGAACAAUGAUCAAGGUGAAGACGCUUACUGGAAAGGAAAUUGAAAUUGAUAUUGAGCCCACUGAUACCAUUGAUAGGAUCAAGGAGCGGGUUGAGGAGAAAGAAGGGAUUCCACCUGUGCAACAGAGGCUCAUUUAUGCAGGUAAGCAGCUUGCUGAUGACAAAACUGCUAAGGAAUACAACAUUGAGGGUGGUUCUGUCCUUCAUCUUGUGCUUGCUCUCAGGGGAGGUCACUAGUCACUGCUUGCAUUUUCCCAUAUAAAAUUAUCUACCGAGAAACCAUCGUUUGGUAUGAUGAUUAUAUAUCUCUACGCUUUUCUCGGUGUAUAAGACCAUAUAAAAACAAACCAUAUCGCACUUAAAAUUGCAAAUUUUAAUUUGUUCAGGUCAUUACUCUCUAUGGAACGUUGCGAAUUGUUCUGUGUUUUAUGCCUCUAUCUGACUCUUUGGUUUCUGUUUCUGAAGGUUCCAUGCA